AUGGAGUGUGAGACGGAGGAGAAAGACGAGGUGGAUGAGCAGGCGGAGCACCACAUCGGCACGCCAGACACCCCAGCAGGCGCCCAGAAGCAGGCGCCGACCCUUCAGGAGAUCGUGAACAUGUUCCGGCAGGAGGUGACACCGCUCCAGCGCGCCAUCUCUGACCUCGAGAACAAGGUCACCAGAAUGGGCGACAUGAUGGACUCCCGGAUGAGCGCAGUGGAGGGGAAGAUUGACAAUUGCGAGACUCGCAUCGCGGACCUUGAGAAGCAGCACGUCAGCUUGACGAACACUCCCCGGUCUGAUUGCACUGCGAACGCAGAGAUUUGGGAGCAGUUGAAGGCCUUGGAGCUGCAGAUCGCCACGCUGAACGUUUCGGACUCCAGCAGUGCCGACAACAAGGCAGAGAGGGACAAGACCUUGGUCAUCGGCGGCCUGCAGUCGUUCGGGGGGGUGCAGGAGGUGAAGGAGUGGGCGUCGAACAGACUUUGGGACGCUCUCGGGCCCCAGCCCCAGGACACCUACACCAAAGGAGAUUUCUGGGGCAUUGUUUUCCUGAAGGAAUGGGGAUACGAGUCCAAAGCCGUGUGGGCCGACCCAGAAGACGGCAAAGUCUGGGUAGGCGAUGUCGUCGCUGUUCACGGGCACGUCGAUGAGAACAAACUGUCCGUGGACUACGGGCCUGGUUGGAAAGAGUGGCUCACGGACCCGGCCUUCCCCGAGUACACCGCCCACGUUGCCAAGCUGAGCAGUAAGUUGGAAAACGUUCCUACCAAGGGAAGCGGGAAAGCAGCGUUCAAGGGAAAGGCGAAGGGUGGCAAGGGACGAUUCAGAGCGCGCUGGAGUAGGGUUCAUGGUAGCGCCAUGGGUGCGGAGAUCGGUCGUGGGCUUCUGCCAGGCUACAUCCAGAAUGGCAUCCUUGAAGCUACGAGUACCGGGGGGGACUGCAAGGAGGACGCCAACAGACACUUGCUCGUGGAGACGUGCACGCAUCUGAAAAUGUGUUUGGCGAACACAUUCUUUGACGUUCCUCUCGAUCGCUUGGCGACGUCUUACAACGUCGGCACCCUGGCGGGCACGGAUGUUGGAUGGCAGACGCACUCGCAGAUCGAUUUUCUCGUGUGCGAAGAAAGCUGGCUCCACAAAGUCAGAGGCGUGUCUGCGCGCCGGGAG